AUGUCAUCAUCGGCGUCCUCAUCAGACUCUUCUAGCCCACCACCGGUUAAGAGAAAGAGGGUUGCUGAAGAAUGUGAUGAUGUAGCGCGCGAAGCAGUCACAGCAGACACCGCACCAGCCCCAGAAGACAGUGUCGCGUUGUCUCACGCCGAAAAACGCAGACAGAAGAAAAAAGAUCAGAAAGAUCAAGAUCGGCCGUCGAAAAAGAGAAAGGCGACUGAUGGUUCCGUGGCUGGUGCCUCUACCAAGGACUCGAAGACUACUGGCAAUAGCAAACCGAAGCGUCAGAAUUCGGUCUGGGUGGGCAAUCUCUGGUUCAAGACUACGCCAGAUACACUGCGAGGUUUCUUUGAUGGCGUCGGGGAGAUCACGCGAAUACACAUGCCAACGAAAAAGGGAACUAAAGGAGAGAAUAUGGGCUUUGCCUACGUCGACUUUGCUACAUCGGAUGCCAAAGUCACAGCCAUUACCCAGUCUGAACGAGAGCUUCACGGUCGGAAUUUGUUGGUCAAAGACGGAAAUGAUUUUGCGGGCCGUCCCAUAGCUACACCUACGGCGGGAACGCCAGAGGACACUAAGGGUCCUUCUGCAGGCAAAUCAGUGAACGGCUUGACGAAGACUCAACAGAAGAUCCUGCGGGUACAGAAGCAGCCUCCUGCACAAACAUUAUUCCUCGGAAAUCUUGGUUUUGAUACUACAGUGGAAUCGAUUCGUGAACUCUUUGAGGCCCAUAGACACCCGCAAAAGGCUGGAAAGGGCGUCAAAGCAAACGACGCCGAGGCUACUGUCGGGGAGGAUAACACUGUCACGAAAGAUGUUUGGUUACGAAAGAUCCGCAUGGGAACUUUUGAAGAUAGUGGUGCAUGUAAAGGAUUUGCCUUUCUUGACUUUACCAACACCGAACAUGCAACUGCUGCCUUGCUCAAUCCUCGCAACCACCGUCUCAAUGGUCGAGAUUUAGUUGUAGAAUAUGCUUCUGCUGACGCAGUCCGUCGAGGCGGUGGUCCAAGACUACAACAAAGUGAACACAAAAGCGGUCCUGGAAAAGGACAUGGUGGUCGGCAACACGACGCUGAGUCGCAUCCACGGUCUCAGUCGCGCCCGAGAAGGCGCGAUGAAGAUGAAAAGGAACACAGCACACAACAAGAUGGUGCUGAAUCAAUACCUCGACGGAACCAAAAGGAGGGCCCACGACAUAUAAGAGCUGACAGGGCUCGAGGACGCCCGAAACCUGGUGCCGCACUAGCUCAAGCGCCACGUGAAUCUGCUGCUAUCAUACCCAGCCAAGGUCAGAAAAUUGUGUUCUAG